ACUUUGACUUUUUCCUGCAUGUGAUGCAAAAAGCGGCUCAUCAGAGUUUAGUUAUUUGUUAUAAAAUCGUAUGUUUGUGUGGAUUUAGGCCCGUUAGCCUUAGCAUACUGUCAUUGAAGGAGAAUCUACGGACAUAUUUCACAUCAUGCCGUUUGUAGACAUCCAGUCGAGGCUCGGCAUCAACAUUGACCGCUGGCUGCUGCUGCAGAGCGGCGAGCAGCCGUACAAGCAGGCGGCGCGGUGCCACGCCUUCGAGAAGGAGUGGGUCGAGUGCGGCCACGGCAUCGGACAGACCCGGGCCAAAAAGGAGUGCCAGCUGGAGUUUGAGGAUUUCUACGAAUGCAUGUAUCGGCAGAAGACGCGUCAGAGGAUGCACGCCAUCCGUACGCAGCGUGACAAACUGAUAAAGGAGGGGAAGUACACACCGCCCUCUCACCACACCGGCCAACCGGACCAGAAUCCAUGAAGGAUCUGAUCUCAGCUCAGUCUGGCAGAUUUCAUCAUUUCCUGUUCCGCUGUAAAAAUGUGCAAAUAAUAAAUGUUAUUACCUAC